GAGUCUUACAGGUUUCAAUUCGCUUUCCAUCUCAUCUCUAUCAAUAAUAUACCUAUCAAACAAUCACCAUAUCUUUGUACACUCAUCCACAUAUUCAUCAAAGUAUUUUUGCCACAAGCAUCGAAAUAUAUCAACUUCAAUAUGGCUACAAGAAAGAGAAAGGCUGAAGACGAGGAGCUCGUUGCUCUUCCCUCGGAUGAGAGCGAAGAGGAAGAGGAGUAUGAAGACUCCGACGCCGAAGCCGCAGCAGCAGUAUCUGCUCCAUCCGAUGAAGACGAUAGUGAUGAGGACGAAGAAGGAUUAGAUGAAGAGGAAGUUCAAGAAACAGCACCGCCAUCUAAAAAGCGCAAAGUCGUCCCCAACGAUGUAUCUGUCGAUGAGAAUGAGAUUGUUCCUGUCGACGACAACGAAGAUAGCGAUGACAACGAAGCCGAAGCCGAAGUCGAAGCCGAAGCCGAAGCUGAUGAUGGAGUGGAAGAAGAAGAAGAUUCCGCUGCCGAGGAUUCAGUUGGCGGCUCUGGACCCACCAGUAAAGCUGCUGAAAUAAAGGGAGGAGUUGUUCCUGAAGAGGACAAUUUGGAGGAAGUUCCAGAAGCGGUUGCUGAUGGUGAUGAUGAUGAUGAAGAUGAUGAGUAGAUAAGCUUGCUUAUCGUCAUAUCAUUUUUACGAUGCGCGGUGUAUCCACCUCGAGUUGGAGACCGUGCGGCAUGCGAAAUAAUAAGAAAUGAAUGGUUGGGAUGAGAUGAGAUGAGUGACGGAUUCUUGGACGGUAAUUUAUGGGCAGCCGAUGAACAACAACGGAAAGGAAGUUGGCAAUCUGGCUGGUUUGGAUAGAUGUAAUAGGGAACAAAAAGGGGUGAAUUGAAAAUUGUUGUGUGGAUGUAGUUGUUUCCUUUGCUCUUUUGUUCUAAGCCGACCUGGUUCUUUAGAACUUCUAUAUAUUCUCUUCUUAAUCUCACCAAUCGUCACA